AUGGACGCCGGUAAACUUUUUCAUCUGUUAGCUGCUAUUGUUUUUAUGAAGCUUCUCUUCGGCUGCAUAUUCGCACGGGUGCCAUUGGAAGUCCGAGCCAACGAUCACCCACCGGGUGAGUCGUUUCAACACGCAGGAUCCAUGGGGGAGGUGUCUGUUGGUGUUCCUCGAAGGUCUACGAGAAACUCUAGGAUGGACACCGACAGAAGCGUUCGCAAUUGGGGCGCAGGCCACGGCGUUGGGGGAGCUCUCCCAGGCCUUUUUGGCCUGAUUCCUGGGAUUCAGGAGCUGAUGAUCGCAUUUUCGUGCCUUACCUGGCCAGACAUGCUGUGGAGGUAUUUCCUGUUUUUACUACUGCUCUUAACAUUUCUUUACUUUACGGAGAACGUUCGUGACCUCCUUUAUGUUCGUCCGCGGAUGUUGCGUCUUGGAGACUCGUACCUCACAGAAAAGCCACCACGUGUUGGUCGGGACGUUGCGCUGAGCUACGACACGCCUUGGUGUCUUUAUGAGGUGAUGAAGACAACAUUUUUCGCGGUGACAGGCUUACUCGCAGUGCGACUUUUCAUAUUCGUUCUCUUCUCCUUCAUGACGCUGGUUGUAAUGAGCAUGGCAGGACGGAGGGGGAGGAAUCGCAAUGACAACCCCUUGUGGUUUUCAUUUUUCACCCUCCUCGCCUACAUCACCUUCUGCGUUGCUUCUGUGGGAAUAGGCUUCUACAACUUCAGGGUGUUCGGGCGUAUUGCCGACAGAAGUGAGUGCAAAAUAUUGAUUUCUAACCACUCAUGUGUAUUCGAAGUUGUUCUCUUGUUCGCUCUCGCGCAGUUCCCAUCGUUCAUUACCCGCAAGGAGACCAAACUGCCUCUUUUCGAAUCGAUUGUGAGAUUGUCAGACUCCAUUCUGGUGGACAGGAGUGCCGCUGAGUCCCGCCGUCGUGCCGCCGAGGCCAUCGCAAAGCGCGCGAAGGAUAGGGACCCCCUAGUGCCUCAGUUGCUUGUAUUUCCUGAGGGCACAACGACAAAUCAGAGGACGUUGUUCAUGUUCCGAAAGGGCGCGAUGGAGCCAGGUGAGCCCAUUCAGAUGAUUUGCGUGGGAUUUCCGUACAAGCAUUUCAAUCCCUGCUGGAACGGUCGCUGUUGUGGGGGUAACAGUUUUGGUGUUUUAAUCCUUCGGUUGUGCUCUCAGUUUGUCAACCGUGUUGAAGUGCGGCCCCUGCCCAUCUACGUUCCAACUGAGUCGGAGCGAGAGGACCCGAUUCUGUACGCCAAUCGCUGUCAGGAGAUGAUGGCGAACGUGCUUGGUUGUGGUGUCAGCGAAUGUACGUAUGCUGACUAUGUCGCAUUGUUAAAUGAGAAGUCGGCUUCAGCGCCAGUGCCACCUAAGAGGUUCACCAAGGGAUAA